AUGGUUCGGGAACUGAUCCUUAUCCUCCAAGCCCUGGGGUUGCUCAGACCUGCACUGGGGACCCUGGCCAGCAGGCUGCUGUGGGAGUUGCAUGCCAAGGUCUCAGAGCUGCUGCCUUCCCUGCCCCCAGGAUCCCUGCAGCCCCUUCUAAGCCACCCACUAGAUGCACCCAGAUGGGAAGCACUGGAGUCUCUGUGCCAAAGCCUGGGAGAUCAGUACUGCUGCCGCCGUUACCUCCUCCUCAAGCGCCUGGACCUCACAAUAUCUGCUUUCCACUGGAGUGAUCGGGCAGAGGCCAAAGGGGAGGCCAUGAAGACAGUGCUGAUUCCAAUUCGAGAGACUCUGACCCCAGAAUCGGAUGUCUCCAUUGCACACAUCCUGGCUGCCCGAGCUGAUCUGUCUCGUCUUAUCCCAGCCACGAGCAAGGCUGCCCGCCGAGGGACCAGCUGUGCCAUCAACAAGGUGCUUAUGGGCAAUGUGCCAGACCGAGGGGGACGUCCAGAUGAGUUGGAAGCUCCUAUGCCCAGUUGGCAGAGCAGAAGAGAUAAUGGAGGCGGGAGGAAGGCAGGCCGCCACGGCUGGGGCGGUAAGAAGAAAAAGAAAUAA